AAGAAGGAAGUUAGGUGUUGAUGUGUGUAAAGUUUUAGCUUUUUAGGUAAAAACGUGUGUAUAAGUACGUAUCAAACUAAAGUUUUAUCAAAUAGUUUUGGAUAUUUUACGCUUAAAACAAAAUCGUCAUGAUUAUAAACUUUAGAUAAGUAUGUAACAGCAAAUGCAGGGAGAGCACAUGUAGAUUUAUCAUAAAUCGAGCAUUCUGGAACAGAUCACUUCAGAUACUAAUUAUUACUUAAAACGCAGCAACUGAUGUUCUUGUGUCAACUGGUAAAGGGUAUUCCACAUGUCAUAACAUAAACUUGUUUCUGUCGGAUGAUCCGAUCUGUCACAGAUUACAACGUUAAAGCUUCGACAGUUUUACCUGCUACUCAGUGUUGAUAUAAGUGAUAAUAAAAUCUUCGGAGCGUUUGAGUGUCGUAAAGUGUUAAUCUACACAUAGUAUUAAAGUAUGGCGAAUCAAGCCAAGCGAUGUUUGCAUCAUUGGCCUACAAGAACGCUGUGUGUUUUUCUUCUGAUUCUUCAGGCAGUUUGCAUGAACUGGUAUCUGAUGAGCAACCUUUCCAACACGUGGGCAGCGAUCUACAGCGCAGAUGCUGUUGUCAUAGCACUAUUUGCUCUUUCUUUUAUGAUGGCCUCGAGAAACAUGAAUAUAGAAAAACAUUCUCAAAGUCUUACAUUUUCUGAUGUUAAACACUUACCGUUGACGUAUAUAGCUUGGUUUGUGUAUACAGUUAUUAUGGAUGUUAAGAUCAUUGUCAUAUUUAGUACAUUUUCCACAGAUUUGGACGAAGAUUCUUUCUUCGGACCGAACACAUUGAAAACAACUAUAGCUCUGACAGGAAUUGUGUUUAUAACAUAUUUACCUACAUUAAAUGAUAUACAACAUGGACACCGGAAAGACAUCAUUAUAACCCUCACAUCAACUGUUGUAUUCGAUAUUCUCGAUGGGGUCGACAAUUUAGAAAAUCUGUUCGAGAAAGACGUUCGUGACACAUACCCGCCAGGUCUUGACGACGCCAUUAUUGCUGUUUGUUGCAUCAACUUCCUGUUACCCACAGUUCCGUUGUUCACGCUCGCGAAAACAAAGUUCGGCAUUAAGAAACUGCCGUUUAAAUUGGAAUUGUUACAUAAAUUUGCUAUAGCUUACCUUAUUAAUUUACCACUGUUUAUUACACGAAUGAUCACGUGGCAUGGUCUUUCUCAAGGUAUUUCCAUUUUCCUCCUUAAGAAUAUAAUGGCGAUGGGUGUUGUGACUUUUGAAGUGGGUGAGAAGCUUAUCUUCUCAAAGAAAAGCCAUGAAAGAAAAGAAUCAGGUGAUUCACAUGAAGCGGCCACUUCAUUGUAGUGUAUAUGUAGAGCACAUUCUCUAAAUAAAGCAGAGAUGCCACUUCGAUGCGAAAGAGAUUGCCGAAAUUUUUGUUAGAUCUUCGCAAUUGAAUUGUUAGUGUAUAAGUAUCUAAUGUAGCUUUGUUUUAACAUUAUGAAACAUCAUACUCUAAGAUCAUGCAUUAUCUAAAAAAUUAUAUUUUCACAGUUUUUAGUAUCCUCAUAUGUUAACAUAUUACUGUAGCAUACGCCUUUAAAUAAAUAG